CCAACCCCUUAUGCGAAGACCUCAUCCCAAAUCCCCAAUACACUCACCAGCCACUACACAGCACCUGAACCCUAAUUUUCGCCUCCAAAUUCCAGUCUUCAUCGAAGUCCAUCGAAGGCCACCAUCCUUACCAGUCAACCACAAUCGACGCCGGCUCAGAGCUGCUGUCACCGGGCAGAAGGAACUCCAACGGGCGGAAGGAAAUCACCGUUGCGGAUCGAAGGUGCUGUCAGCGGCGUCGUCGGUUGGUCGUCUGAACUCCGAAGCUUCCUGGUCGGCAUCGUCUGCUCGUCUGGUCGUCGGAAGCUUCUCUGUCAACGUCGAUGGGCAUUUGUUCUGCCGCUGUGAACUAGACGCUUUCUCUGCAUCUGUUCUACCUCUCUGCCGCCUGUUUCCAUGGAAGCCAAGUCCUCAAAUCGAAGAUAUGCUACAGUUACCUCAAGUUAGUAGAGAGAAGCGUCUUCAUCAUCAUUCUGGAGAGUGAGUGAAGUGUGAAGAGUCAACAAGGAACAAACCACACAGAUCCAUAAUGGUUCAUGGAAAAGAUUCAUCAUCAUCUUCUUGUUCUUCGAGUUUGUGGCUGUCACCGAACGGAAGCAAACGAUGGGGAGAACACUUCUUUCUCUUGUACACACCGUUCUGGCUCACACUCUGUCUCGGCAUUGUUGUUCCCCUCAAACUCUACGAGUUUGUGUGAUAUUGAAGAAGAAAACCAUGGUACUUGGCAGAACUUCGCAGAGUUGGAGUAUUUGCUUCUUGGAUUGGUCUCAGCUGUUCCUUCAUUCUUGAUACCAAUGCUGCUAGUUGGUAAGCAUGAUAGAAACUUGCAUUGGAAGGAUCGCUAUUGGGUUAAGGCUAGCCUCUGGAUAGUACUCUUCAGUUAUGUUGGGAAUUAUUUCUGGACACAUUAUUUUUUCACCGUACUCGGUGCAUCUUAUACUUUCCCAUCAUGGAGAAUGAACAAUGUACCACACACAACGUUCUUGCUCACUCAUGUUUGCUUCCUCUUUUACCAUGUUGCAUCAAACAUGACACUACGUCGACUGCGACAUUUUACUGCUGAUUUGCCAGAAACGAUUCGAUGGGCUACUGAAGCAGCAUGGAUUCUUGCUCUUUCUUAUUUUAUCGCAUACCUGGAGACACUGGCUAUUUCCAAUUUCCCUUAUUAUUCAUUUGUGGAUCGGGAUUCUAUGUACAAGGUUGGAUCUUUGUUUUAUGCAAUCUACUUUAUCGUAAGCUUUCCAAUGUUUCUAAGGAUUGAUGAGAAACCUGGGGAUAAAUGGGACUUGGCUAGAGUUGCAGUUGAUGCUUUAGGCGCUGCAAUGCUGGUCACGAUAAUACUUGACUUGUGGCGCAUCUUUUUGGGACCUAUUGUUCCCAUCUCAGAUGCCAAACAGUGUCCUCAAUCCGGUUUACCCUGGUUUUCAAGACAUGCCAAUCUAACAUGAGAGUCUACCAUGACUGAACUACGAAAUGGAAAUAUUAUAUUUCCGUGACAUAGUAAUGUAAUCCAGACACAGAUUAUGGUCUGCAGAGGAAAUCCUUGUUGUAAUGCUUGCACUGUCAAAUGCUUGAUCUUCCCCAAUGUUUUGUAUUGAUGCAUCAAGUUAAAAUGGUUAAACUUGUAGUAUGUAACAAUUGAACUUAAUAUAUCUAGUUCCUGUUUGUUGUUCUUUA